AUGGGCAGUCUUUUUUCAGAAGAAUUGCUGGGAUUCAGUGAGAACGAUUGGAAAAUUUACAAUUAUGCUAAUCUCCAGGAAGAAGUGUUGAUCGCGAUAUGCGAGGAGUAUCCGAUUCUUGUCAUGGAUAUGGAUAAUGAUGACACGGAUGACUUAGGCGGUGCAUUCAGACAAGGAUUUCUGUGCCCAUUUUGUAUGCAAGAUUUAGGUGAUUUAACCGCUUUACAUGCUCAUGUUGGAAAGUACCAUCCAAAAUCAGUACCCGCUGACUAUCCCUUUGAUCAUAUUAAAGGUAUCUUCGAUAAAGCGAAACAAAAGAUUUCUCAUAUAGAUGCAUCCUUUUUAAUUGGUGAUACAAACUCGAAUAAUGGAGGAGUAUCGACAGUUUCAAGAAGUGUUUGCAACACGGCCAAUGAUCGCGCCGAAAAUCCUCAUUCAGCACAGAUCUGUACUUUUUUACAGGAUCUUGGAAUCACGAGAAGUCAUACGGAUUUUUAUUUGAAGUGUCGAUCUCCUUGUAUAAACGAUGCUGCUGUAAAAACAAAUAGUUUGAUUAUUAGACUUGAUAAAUUAAUUAACCAGUGUCCUUCUGAUUCAAGUAAGCGCAAAGCUUUUGAACGUGAAACAGUACCUUGGGUAACGGAUCGUGAUGUUGUGAAAUGCCGAACGUGUACCGUAAAAUUUUCAUUGACUAGGCGAAGGCAUCACUGCCGACUAUGUGGCGAAAUUAUAUGUCACUCAUGCUCAAAAUUUCUUUCUUUCGUCGAUGCUCGCAAAUUAACGAAUCCAGCAUUUGCUGCACAGUUGUUGGAAGAAAUAAAUAACUCAGAAAUGAAUAUUCCGGAAGAGCCAUCAAGUGGUUUGUCACGGUCGACGUCGGUUGUUGAAGUUAUUAAACAAGCCGUAUCAAGUGAAUCGUUGCAGUCAGUGCGAUUAAAAAGCGAAAAAUUAUUUUCCUCAACGUUAUCGUUGGUGAAGCGGGAUGGCACUGAAGUCAGUUUAGCGUCGUUGCUUCAACAGGAUGAAAAUGAGCACCUGAGAAUUUGUUCUGAAUGUAAAAUUUUGCUGGAUAUUCGCAAUGAAAAAAUGGAAAUGCUUACCUCGCCACCAAUGCUUGUGGUACUGUAUGAACGCCUCUGUUCCCUUUUUCGUGACGCUCAAAAGUUAGCUUCCUCAUAUGCACGUAUUUCAGAAUCGCUAAGCCGAGGAGAGACCAUGUAUACUUUGGAUUCUGCUAUUGAAUUGAGAAAUCGACUGAUACAACUGCAAAAAGAAAUUGAUUCUGUAAGUUCUCGUGUUGCGACACAUCAUAUCAUUGAAGGGAAUAUCUCGAAACGUUGUACACCACGGGAGCAAGUUAUCCGGAAAAAUAUUCGAGAUUUUUCUCUGCAAAUGUUACAGCAAUUAGUAACACAAAUGAAUCUUCAUCCAAGUGAAGAUCGCUACAAUGAAUUGCAAGAAAAAAGACGCGCCGAUAUCAAGCAUCGAAUAGAGAUGGAACGAAAAAGGAAUGCAUUCAUUUUGAAGCCGUCAACUUCAAAUCCUGGAUUUGGCUCAAAUUUAAACGAAACAGAAAUGGUUUGGCAAAAUUCUAAGAGUCGCUUGAAGGAAUCUGUUUCUUUUUCUGGUAUCGUUAAUGGUUGUGAAGAUUAUGGUUGGACUCCAUCUAGGAUGUUUCUUCACACUAAUCCAUUUAUUGAAGAGGAAGACAAAGCUGAUCCAUUGCAGGAACAAGUCUUGAUUAUCAAGGGGUAUUUGAAACAAGCUGUAGAGGAUAGUCGAUUGGAAGAAGUUGAAAUAUUGGAACGAAACUUAUGCGAUCUUGAACUUGAAAUUAAGAAGCUGAACAAAAAUAAUUCUUCAGUGCAGUAA